AUGACUCCCACCAAGUCCACCAAGGUCACGGUCAGCGCCGAUGCAUUAGAAGACCCGCAAUUCCCAAUUAACGGAACCGAGCAACAGGGCGAUGGACAGUCUGAUAACGAACCGCCAAAGAAAAAACGAAAAAAGGCUAACCAAAAAGCGAAGAAAGCCAGGAAGUCGACCGACUCAACAUCUGCGCCUGUCAAUGCCGAAGCCCCAGAGGGCGAAGAUUCAACUACGCAAACCAAGGGCGAUAACACUGCGAAGGAGGAUUCGAAAGCUGCUGCCAAACUGGGCUUGGCUGAUGGCUCUAGUACGAAACUUACUUCUGAAGAACUCAAGCAAAGAAAGAGGCAGAAAGCUAGAACCAAACUAAAACUGAAGAAGGAGCGAGCUAAAGAGGUGAAGUGUUCAAAAGAUGAACAGUGUCUCCACCUCCAUCCUGCCUCAGAGUCAUCAAAUGAAUCCAGUUCAAUUGGGCUUCAGCCGCCCGAUCUUCAAAUCAAUUACCUCAAAGAUCGACAGAAGCGAGCACUGCCGCUUCUCUCCGACCUCGAGUUUGAAAGCUUACCCUUGGAACAAUCUUGGUUGUUGGACGUCAGUGGCAAGCCACUACGGGCUCACCUCGGCGCGUGGCUAGAAACCGGAGCCGUCCCCGGGCUGUUAGAGGCUGUUAAGGAAAAACCCGAUGUCGUUGGCGCACCGGUGGCUUUAGUUGUCUCGAGUUCCGCUUUGCGCGCUGUUGAUCUGUGCAGAGAGGUCAAGCGAUUGAUCAGCAACCCCAAAGAAUCCGGAGAGAUAACGAAGCUAUUUGCAAGACACUUCAAACUUCCAGAGCAUGUGAACCAUCUCAAGACAACGAAGGUUUCUAUCGGGGUUGGAACGCCAGACCGAAUCUCGAAGCUGUUGACAUACGAAGGCGAUGAAGGAUUGAAGUUGGACCGCUUGCAAUUCCUCCUGCUUGAUGUCACCUGGCUGGACGUCAAAGGUUUCAACGUGGCCGAAUUGCCUGAUUUGAAUCUCAAGACCGCUCUUUGGAAGUCCCUCUUGGGGCUUCCUAAAACGCUCGAAAGACUCCAGUCUGGCAAGACUAAAAUCGUCCUCUUCUGA